AUGCACGAGGCAGUUCGAAAUGCACAACGAAAAGCCAAACCGCCGGAAAAUAAAUCGUCCGGUGGAGGGCAGAUCGGGAUUUACAUAUACGAGUGCAAAACCUGCGGCAGGACUUUCCCCUCGUUUCAGAAUUUGGGCGGCCACCGGGCGAGCCAUAAGAAGUCCAAUCGGAAUUAUUCCCUGACGACCGGAGAGGAAGGUGGAUCGAUUUUGUCUGCCGCCGCCGCCGCCGAUGUUUCUCCCCCGCAAUUGAUCGGUAAGGGUUUGAAUAUAGAGAGCAAAGUGAAAAUUCACGAGUGCUCUAUCUGUGGAUCUGAAUUCAGGUCGAGGAAGGCGCAGGGUGGCCACAUGAGAAAGCGCAGGGCCGCGAGCAACAAAGGCAACGCUAACAAAAGCGCCAAUGACUGCGAGUCGUCUCUCGAUGAAGUAGGCGAGAGAGCAGGGAACGUGGCGGCUGUCGAUUUCGAUCUUCCCCAAAUUUCCUCAAACCCUAAAUUGAAGUUAAAGUUAAUCGGUAUUUCCACGUGUAUUCGGUUUUUUCAAGUUAAAGUGAGAUAA